AUGGCUGGCGAACGUAUGCGAUCCGUGCUGUGGACCGAUGGCGGUCUGCAACUCAUCGACCAGCGCAAACUACCGACGGAGCUGGUGCUGAUGCGCUGCGAGACGGUGGACGACGUCACGCGCACCAUCGCGGACAUGGCGGUGCGCGGCGCCCCCGCCAUCGGCGCGGCCGGCGCGUUCGGCUUGGCGAUCGCAGCCAAGAACUUCCAGGCCACAGCGAGCAGUACCAAGGAGGAUCUGCUUCAGACCGUGGAGCAGGCCAAGGCGACCAUCGACGCCGCGCGACCUACGGCCGUCAACCUGACCUGGGCGACGGAGCGUGUGGUUAAGGAGCUCCGUGCCAAGGUGCAGACGGACGUGAGCGUCGCCGACUUGGUGACGUAUACGCUGACGGUAGCACAGGCACUUGCCGAGGAGGAUGUGGCCAUCAAUAAGAGACUGAGCGAGUUCGGAGCCGAGGUCGUGCCGGCCGGCGCUAACAUCCUGCACCACUGCAACACCGGCGCUUUGGCCACGGUAGACAUCGGAACGGCUAUCGGUGUCAUCUACGAGUGCCACGCGCAGGGCAAGAACGUCCACGUAUGGGUGGACGAAACCCGUCCGCGUCUGCAGGGUGCGCGUCUGUCAGCAUGGGAGCUCAUGCGGGAGGGCGUACCCAUUCAUCUCAUCGCUGACAAUGCUGCGGGCUACCUCAUGCUGUCCGGCAAGGUGGAUGUGGUGCUGUUCGGCGCUGACCGUGUGGCAGCCAACGGAGACGUCGUGAACAAGAUCGGCACGUACAAACUGGCGGUGGUUGCUAAGGAGAACAAAGUUCCUGUCUACGCGUGCGUGCCCACAAGCACCAUCGAUCUCAACUUCCUCGAAGGUAUGGGCAUCCCCAUUGAAGAGCGCAGCGCCGACGAGGUGGCGUGCAUUCGCGGCGUUCGCAUCGCGCCAGAGGGCUGCCCAGUGUUCAACCCGGCGUUCGACGUCACGCCCAACCGCUACUUGACCGGCAUCAUCACGGAGGAGGGAGUGUGCUACCCGCCGUUCGAGCAGAGUCUCGCGAAGGCCGUGACCGCGGCGGAGAAGCGACGCGCCCAGUUCUAG